CAGGGAUCGUCGGCCAUUGUUCCGUGAAGGAGUUAUUGGAGCUAACGGAUCACUUUGGGCCCAACAGAGAAAGAUCAUAGCUCCAGAGUUCUACAUGGAGAAAAUAAAGUGAUGCAAAAAUGGGAGAGUGAAGUUGAAAAUGGAGGGGAACUGCAGACAUAAGAGUGGAUCUGGAUUUGAGAAGUUUCUCCGCAGAUGUAAUCUCGAAAGCAUGUUUUGGUAGUUCUUAUGACAAAGGCAAAGAAAUUUUCGCAAAGAUCAGGGCUCUUCAAGAAAUCAUGGCUAAGCAAGGUUUAUUCAUUGGUAUCCCUGGAUCGAGUUACCUUCCUACCAAGAACAACCAAAAGAUUUGGAGGUUAGAGAAAGAAAUAUCUAGACUGAUUUUAAAGGUAGUUCAGGAAAGAAGAGAGGCCAAAACAGAGAAGGACUUACUACAAAUGAUACUCGAGGGUGCUAACAAUGAGAGUUUAAGGUUACAAUCGACUGAUCAAUUUGUUGUCGACAACUGCAAGAAUAUCUAUUUCGCUGGGUUCGAGACUACUGCAAUUUCAGCGUCGUGGAUCUUGAUGUUAUUAGCUACACAUCCAGAAUGGCAAACUCGUGUUCGUAUUGAGGUAUCUGAAAUAUGCGAAGGUUCCUACCCAGAUUUCAACAUGCUUCGUGAGAUGAAAUUGUUAACAAUGGUGAUUCAAGAGACAUUGCGUUUGUACCCUCCUGCUAUGUUUGUGAGUAGAGAGGCAUUCAAAGACGUUACAAUUGGGAAUAUUCAUGUCCCAAAAGGCGUAGGUGUUUGGCUUCCGUUAGCGACAUUGCACCGAGACACCAAGCUCUGGGGUCCUGAUGCUGGCGUUUUUAAUCCCGAUAGGUGGUCGCAAGGAACUGCUGGCGCAUGCACAGUUCCACAAGUGUACAUGCCAUUUGGUGUCGGACCUCGGAUUUGCUUAGGGCAGAAUUUUGCAAUGAUUGAGUUAAAGAUUAUUCUCUCUCUUAUCCUAUCCAAGUUUUCUUUCACUCUUUCUCCCAAUUAUCGACAUUCUCCAACAUGUAAACUGACUUUGGAACCAGAAUAUGGGAUAAGCCUUAUUGUAAGCAAAAUUUGA